AUGGAUGAUUUUGUUGAAGGAAGAGAAGCUGGUGUGGUGUGUGUUUCAGCAGGUGAUUUGAAUUCGCGGUGUAGAUUGGAGAAGCUUGAUGAACGAAUUGGGGUUUUGCAGGAUUCGCGUGCUAGAUUGGACGAAGGUAAUGAGGUGGCUAAUGGUGGUCCUGAGGAGAAGCAGUGGUGGCUAUUCUGGGUCGCGUUGGAUCUAGAAGAAAAAGAAGAAAGUGUAUUGAGAGUGAAGAUGACCGGAGCAGAAGGAAAACUAAGGCACAUAAAUUCUUUGAGUUUAGAGGCUGGAAGAGUUUGUAUGGAUGCACACAAGAUGGGAUGGAGAAUUACUCUUAGCUUAGCUUUUCAAAGCCUAGGAAUUGUAUAUGGUGAUAUUGGGACAUCACCCCUUUACGUAUAUGCUAGCACCUUCACCAAUGGAAUCAAACAUAACGAUGAUAUUUUGGGUGUCUUGUCCCUUAUCAUCUAUACCAUCCUCCUCAUUCCUAUGAUUAAAUACGUCUUCAUCGUACUGUGGGCUAACGACAAUGGCAACGGUCCCUUAUAUUGGCCAACUUUUGUUGUGGCUGUUGCUGCUGCCAUUAUAGCUAGUCAAGCAAUGAUUUCAGGAGCAUUCUCCAUUAUAGCUCAAGCCCUAAGUCUAGGUUGUUUUCCAAGAGUUAGGGUGGUGCACACUUCCAUCAAACAUCAUGGUCAAGUGUAUAUUCCUGAAAUCAACUACAUGUUCAUGAUCGCAUGUAUUGUGGUGUGUGCUGCCUUCAAGACCACGGAAAAGAUUAGUCAUGCAUAUGGGAUUGCAGUUAUUGGUGAUAUGAUGAUUACAACAACUCUAGUUUCGCUGAUAAUGCUUGUUUUAUGGGAAAAGAGUCUAUGGCGUGUGACAUUAUUCUUCUUUGGAUUCAGUUUCGUUGAAUUACUUUAUUUAACAUCUCAACUGACCAAGUUCACAGGAGGAGGAUAUUUUCCAAUUGUAUCAGCUAUGUUCUUGACGUCGAUUAUGGGAAUUUGGCACUAUGUACACAAAGAAAGAUACAUGUUUGAGUUAAAAAACAAGGUAUCAAGUGCAUAUCUGAAUGAAGUGGCGAACAACCCAAAUGUAAGGCGAGUGCCAGGAAUUGGACUUUUGUAUUCCGAGUUAGUGCAAGGUAUUCCUCCCAUAUUCCCACACCUUAUAGCUAGCAUUCCAUCUGUCCAUUCAAUUCUUGUGUUUGUGUCUAUUAAAACAAUCCCGGUGAGUAGUGUUGCAUCUGAGGAAAGGUUCUUGUUUCGACGAGUGGAGCCAAGAGAGUACAGAGUUUUUCGUUGUGUUGUGAGGCAUGGUUACAAUGACCUUUUUUUAGAUCUUGUAAAGUUUGAAUCAGAAUUGAUACAAAAUUUAAAGACAUUCAUUCAAGAGGAGAACUACCAUAUGGUGGAGGUGGAGGGAAGUGGAAAUGCAAUCGAACAAGCAGUGGUAGUUGAAAGCAGUGAUAAGAGUGAAGCACAUUGUUCCUUAAGUAGAAUAAUCACCAAUCAAUCAGCAUCAUCUUCACCCGACUCCAUUCGAUCAUUGAGGGGGAGUGACACCAAGUUAUCUGCUAACUUCCUUACCUCAUCCAUGCAUGGAGCUGAAGAGGAACUCAAAUUCAUAGAAAAAGCAUUGGAGAAAAACGUGGUGUACAUGUUGGCAGAAGCAGAGGUUGUGGCUCACCCAAACUCCACCAUCAUCAAUAAAAUCAUUGUGAAUUAUGUGUACAGUUUUUUUCGAAAGAACUUCAGACAAGGUCAAAGUUCCAUGGCAAUCCCUUGCAAGAGACUUCUCAAGAUUGGAAUGACCUAUGAAAUAUGA